GGUGUCAAUACAAAUAAUAGUGAAAAUGCUGGGGCCAAAGUGAAAAUUAGCGUAAUCUCUUUUCUCUUUGUUACUCAGCUCCAACAAAGAGAGACCUCGCUGAUCAGAGGGAGUCCUUCAAGCUCUUCAAAGUCCAAGGUUCACCUGAAUUUCUCUGGUUGAGCUUUCACCUGGGGAAAAAAAAAAUGCUUCAGUAGCAAACUUGGUGAUAUAGCUGUUUGCUUAUUUGCAUGUGCGGGAGACAGGUUUGAGUUAGCUGAAUUUUGUUCUUCAUUAUGGAGCCUUUGUGGAAGCUCUUAUAUUUGCUGGAGCCUGCACCUGUUACCCUAAUAGUGACAGCUGUAGCUGUGACAUUUGGAUCUGCAUUUCGAGCUCUAAAUUAUGGGAAAGAAAUGGAGCGGAACCGUGACUUAUCGGAAGCAUCUAUUAUGUUGGAUAGGUCCCAAGCAUUAAUGAUCCCAAUAAUGAGCUCUUGCAGUUUGCUUUUAAUGUUUUAUCUGUUUUCAUCUGUCUCGCAACUUCUCACUGCAUUCACAGCUGUUGCCUCUGCUUCUUCCCUGUUCUUCUGCCUUUCUCCUUAUGUUGCCUAUGUAAAGUCACAUUAUGGUUUGGCAGAUCCAUUUGUUUCGCGUUGCUGUUCAAAGUCUUUCACACGAAUCCAAGGGCUAUUGUUGUUGUCAUGCUCUAUCACUGUUGCAGCUUGGCUUGUUUCUGGGCAUUGGAUAUUGAACAACCUGUUGGGUAUUUCCAUUUGUAUUGCUUUUGUGAGUCAUGUGCGCCUUCCGAACAUCAAAAUAUGCGCAAUGCUGCUUGCUUGCUUGUUUGUAUAUGACAUAUUCUGGGUAUUCUUCUCAGAGAGAUUUUUUGGUGCCAAUGUUAUGGUGUCAGUGGCAACGCAACAAGCAUCAAAUCCUGUUCAUACAGUGGCCAAUAGUUUGAGCCUCCCUGGGUUGCAAUUGAUUACAAAGAAGCUUGAGUUGCCUGUGAAAAUAGUCUUUCCUAGGAAUUUGUUGGGUGGUGCUGUACCUGGAGGAAAUGCUGCCGAUUUCAUGAUGCUUGGCCUCGGUGACAUGGCUAUUCCUGCCAUGCUUCUGGCAUUAGUCCUCUGUUUUGAUCAUCGGAAGAGCAGAGAGCCUGUAAGUCUCUUAGAUAUACAUUCAUCAAAGGGGCACAAAUACAUAUGGUAUGCGCUUCCUGGAUAUGCCAUUGGACUGCUAACUGCUUUAGCAGCUGGUGUUUUGACCCACUCACCCCAACCUGCACUUCUUUAUCUGGUGCCUUCUACUCUAGGACCUGUAAUCAUCAUCUCCUGGGUCAGAAGGGAACUGACUGAGUUAUGGGAAGGAAGCAUCCCAAAUCUAAACGAUAAAGCACGCCAAAUAGAAGUUUAGGUGAUUUAUCUUCCCGGGUCACAGCUAGAGGUUGCAGAGUCGAUCAGAAGCUGUAAAUUUGCUUGGAAAAGUUCUAUCCUUUUAAAUAUGUUGGUAGAAAAUUGAUGAUUUAUGUUUAUUUUGUACUGCCUAACUUGCAUCAAUUCCUUUAAAUGUCCAGUAAUGAAAAGAAAAAGAAAUUAAAUUUAUCUGAAUCCUGUCA